CUGCGGUGGCCCCUUUACUUAAGGAAGAGCCCAGUUCUGGAUUUGUGCCGCUGCUGUUAGUGGAACACUCUCUUUGUGGUUGAAAAUGGACUCCAGUGUUGAUGAUCAGCGAUGAGGUUGCAUAGAUGGACAACAAAAUGACAGGAAACUUAGAAAGAUCAAACACUGGAUUGAACAUUACAUAUAACCUUCAGAGCCCUGCUGCAGCCCUACUUUGCUCGGUUGAUCAGCUUGAAUUUAAAACAAGCCUUUUGGAGGUGGUUGAGGAGCUUCGUAUUUGUCGUGCUGCAGAAAGUCGGUAUGAAGAACAAAUCAGUAACCUUGUGGUGGAAAAACAAGAACUAGAGUGGCAAAAGGAAUCAUUACAGUAUCAGUACAAUGCAUUAUCCAGUCAGCAUGAAGAAGCCGUAAUUGCCCUAAAAAAGCAGUUUCAGACCCAGAUAAAUGCAGUGGAAGAAGAAAAGGGAAAAUUCCAAUUUACCUUGGAGUCAAAAGAAAGGGAAAUUAGUGUGCUGAAGGAAGAAUUAAAAGUAUUACAGGUUUCCAAGUAUAACCUGGAAAAGAAGCUAAGUGAAUUGGAGCAAAAAGUACAUUUGCAGAACAUAGCAAAGGAAAAUCAGCUUAGUCAACUGAGUAAAGUUGAGAAGCGAUUUGCUGCAAUAAGUCAUCAGUGUGGAUUAAUCAUACAAGCUCAUGGAAAGUUAGAACAGAAUGUGGAGGAAGCAAUGAGAUUGAACAAAAAGCUCAUGGCUGUGAAUGAAACUCAGGAGAAUGCCAUCCAUGACCUAAAACAGGAACUGGAGAAAGUAACCGCAGACUUGAUAAGAUCCAAGGUCACUUCUCAGUGCAAUCUGGGCGAAGACAACAUCCAUCUUACAACACAGCAACAACAGCUGCAAGAACUGAAGCAGAAACUGCAGAUGGAGAUGGAAUUAAACAAGGAGCUGUCUAAAGAUAUGUCAGCUGUUCAAGAAGAAAAACAGGAAGUUUUGAAGUUGCUUCAACAAACUCAGCAGUUGUUACAACGACAGGAACUGGCACUAGGCAGAGCUGAGACUGAGCUGAAGUACUUUGGAGAGAAGCAUCAGGUUCUGGAAAGGGAUAAUGAGCUGCUCCAGGAGAAGGCAAAAGAAAAUGAAGAUAAAGUUCAGAUUCUUGAGAGAGAAAAUGAAAAGUCUACAGCUCAGUGGAAAAAGGAGGAGGCUAGAUUAAAUGAAGAAAAGCAACAAAUUAAAUCUGAAUUAGAAUCAUUCAAAAAGGCCCAUGCAACGUGUCAAGAAGUCUACUGUGAACUUCCUGCACAGAGUGUACAAGAACACCAAAUAAAGAUACAACAGAAUAUCUUGCAGCAUUCUGAGCAACCCACAGUACAGGGGACAUCAGGACUGCAGACUAGUGUGAGUGAAGCGUUAGUGGUUACUGACAGUGAGUUUAACCACGUAGGAAUUCACAGCCACAUAAAGGAAAUAGAUGAAGAGUCCAAUGAGUUAGACAUCACAAAACAAGAGAACAGUGACCAGGAAGGAAAAGUUACUACAGAUAAUACAGUUAAUAACAGGAGUGCAUUUUCUCCAGAUGCUACUAACACAUCUGCAAAAAUGCCAAGGAAAGCAACUGAUAACGAGGCUGUCUUUGUGAAUGAGAAAGAGUGCAUUUGCGUAGCAACUGUGGAAGGUAAUGCUGAAGAGCUGAAAGUUAUUCACCGAGGUGAAACAGGAAACAUUUUCUGUGAGGCUGAAUCUGCACAUGCAAAACUGGAGCCACAGUGCGGCUCUGUCUGUUUGGCAGAAGUCCCAGUGGAAGGAGGAAAGGUGCUCUCAGACAGUGCUGAUGCAUUAGGUGUCUGCAGUGCAGAUGAGGGUCAGCAGACAGACUCCAUUGCACAUAAAUUCGGUGCAGGCAAGAGCGAUACCAAUGAUAAGAUAGAAACCACACAGUGUGACAAAGGUGUCUUUAUAAAUGAACCACCGAGGACUGAAGCCAGAACAACACUUGGCAAUGAUGCGAUUUUGACAAAGGAAGUCAGUGCAAAUGAAGUACGAAGGGAGACUAUCCAAGCUCAGAACCAUGCUGUUUCUGAUCUCGUCUUUCAAUCAGCAAUACCUGAAAUUAAAAAUGAGCAGAACUCCAUCUUACAACAGCAGCAGCAACAAGAAUGCCUGAGACAAGCUAUUACUGUAAUGGAGGAAAACUGUGCUGCUACCAGUGGUACAAUCAGAUCUCCCACAUUGUUUCAUCCUUGCUGUAAACCAGAUGUCAGUUCCCCAAUGUUAUCCAUUGAUCAGUCUGAUCAUAAAGUUCCAUUUGAAAACUGUAUUGUUAACCCUUGUGUUAAUCCUAACAAUAAAAUAGACAUUUCAGUUGAAAAACUGCUGAGCCCCACCAGUGAUGGGAAAGACAUUACUAAGGAAGUUGGUAGUAAUUCAGAAAGCAUUCCUAUUAAUACUGAUGACCAACAGAAGGAAACAAAUUACCUAGAAGCUUUUGCUUCUGAUAGCAAAGCAGCCACAUGUUUGGAUAAAAUUGAACUUAACGCUGGUGAAACUUCAGGAAACCUUGAAUAUCUACAAGACAAUAUGACUCAAAAUGAAGACUGUGAGAACAGUAACCUCUCAUUAAAUAUCACACACAGUGUGACUGUAACCCCAAACUCUCAAGAUAGAAAGGAAGUUCAUAGUGCAAUGGAUUUAGCAGCUGCAGUGGAAAGUGGGCAAGAAGCAAUUAGUAAACUAGGUUUAUGCCCUGAAUCACGAGAAGUAGGGGUCUUCUCCAAGGUAACAGAAAAUGAACUCAAACCCAUCUUUAUAAAUACUGCAUUGAAUCCAGUUGCAGCCAUCAGUCUGGAUCACAGAGAUGAAACACGAACUUCAGAGGCAGAGGCUGCAACCAGCAAAACAACGGUAAAUCAGUGUUCCUGGAAAUUUUGUCAUCUGCCUUCUCUGGCCCCUAGAAAAGAAAAGUAUGUGGUGAACAAAGCCGUGGUAUCACUCCCAUUCUCGCUGCCCGGAGACAAAUUGGAAGCUCCUAUCACAAGCAGAAAGGUCCCUUUGACAUUUGUUUUACCGAAAUCCAUCAGUGAAAUGAGCCUGACGAGGCCAAUUGUAGCAGAUUCUCCCAGUACUAAAAGGGUGAAUGACACUUUUAAUACCUUCAGUGUUCCUCUUUACCCCAAGAGAAAUUCCAAAGAAGAUUGGAAUGCAAUAGUGCAGACGUUUUGUGAUUUUUCACAACCUCCAAAGCAGGAGCAACACUGUUCAGCAUCCAGUCAAAGUUGCAAGAUUCCUUCCUUGCCGACUUCCAUAGGUCAUUAUAAAUUUACAGAAUCUUCCCCUACUUGCUUCCAAGUGCCAGAGGUGGUCACAUCCACUACCCAAAAUCUACUGUUUGAGGAUGAAUGUGAUACUCAGUAUCCUACAAUUAAAGGACAAAUCGAUAAAAUUGAGAGGUUUCUCUGCACGGACCGGCUCAAGCACACACGGAAAAGGAAAGCCGUUGAUGACACUGAUGGACGUGUAAGCAAAAUUACACCAACUUAACCUUAAUU